UUCCAGCAACGUUAAGUUAAUAAAAUAUAAACCAUUUUUCAAAACUUCAAAAUAAAAUCAACUUGCAAGUAAAAAACAAACAAAACGCGGAUAGAAGAGGCAUCGAUACAGAUUUAAUCAUGAACCAAAAAUCAAGAAACUGUGUUUUCUUCAUGUUCACAGCAGCAAUCAUCUCGACAUGCAUGGGUCUAAUGAUUUAUUAUUCGGGCUUUGAGCACGAAUCGCGGAACGCCAAAAACAUUUUCUUAGCCAUCGUGAUAGUGCUAUUUUUUCAGCUCCUGAUUGGUGAGCCAAUUAAAUUUUUGCUAAUCGCACUUGAUAUGUCCAUUUGGCCGCGCAGCAUGCCUAAGUAUCGCAAAUAUCAAGAUGAAGAGGACAGCGAUGAAGAAUACAAUCGUUUGAACUUCCUGAAGCAUCGCUUAAGGGCAAUGAGAGUUCAGAUCCUGAUCACCGAGCGUUAUCGCAAUGAGGUCCUCACCCAGGAGUACAAGAUUAUUGCACAAGAUCUAUUUCUUUAUGGCAAAUACUUUUUAAUACUGAUUGGCGUGGUGCUUGUAUCGCGGGACGAGCUAUUGUACUACAAUACCCGCCGAUUGAAUAUGCUUUUGAUGAACAAUCAUUCAACUUAUAUUGGGCUUAAAGAGGUUUAUCAUCUGAAUCAGCUUUUCGAUUUUGUACAGUCAUCGCUAAUUGAUGCUUUCAACUACGAUGCCAACGAUACGGGAGUGUACUCCUGGGUGCACAGCUUCCAAACUAAAAUGGUGAGCGUGGUGCGACUACGUCAACUGCGCCUAGCCAAUGAACAUAUGGGCUGGAAUGAUCCUGAAUUUACGGAUCAACCUUAUUUGCCCAAUUGGCAAUUGCCAUACUAUCACAUGCACUAUGCCGAGAAAUAUUGGCGCAUUUAUGAACCCUGGAUACCGCAUGUCGAAAAAGACUUUGCUUCUCGCGUUCUGCUUAAUUAUAAUCAUUUGGGAAAAUUCACGGACUAUCCCGAGCUAAAAGGUUACGUCGCGCUGCUGGCACGCCAGAAGGAGAAUAGCAUGAAGAUACUUGAAUUUCUAACCGAAUCUCAUUGGCUAACCUACAACACGUCGGCGGUAUUCCUGGACUUUACGCUAUAUAAUGUCGAUGCGGAUAUGUUCAGCGUGUGCACAUUGCGCGUAGAGCAAACACCCUUUGGUGGCAUCAUACCGGAUGUUUACUGUGACAGCAUUGAGCUGGUCGAUGAUGUCCUACAGACAAGCUAUGUGACAUUGGUGGUGCUGCUCAUCUAUGUGAUAGUCCUUCUGCAGUUUAUUCAUUCAUUCCUGGUGCAACUUUGGUAUGAGCCAUUCAGGUUGCGCAGCAUGUGGAACAAAUUGGAUUUGAUUAUAAUUGUGCUUAAUGUCGCAAUGAUUGGGGUCGUCGUCACGCGUACAACAAUCGUAGCCGCGAUGCUAAAGAGAUUGGAGGGUGCCAAUAAGCUAGAUUUUCUAGACUUUCGGAAACCGGGUCGCCUGCUUGCCCUGGCUAAUAUAUUAACCGGCUUUCUCAUCUGCGCAACCACGCUGCGUUUGUGGAAGGUGAUGCAAUUCGCCAGGGUAUUUCAGAUAUUCACCAAAACUCUGUAUCUGGCCUGGAAGGCAUUGGCCAUCACCGCUCUGGCCAUUACUAUCAUUCUGAUGGCAUUUGUCAUUGCGUUUGUCACUAUUAAUGGCAACAACAGUUCCCACUUUGUUCGACCGGUCAAAAGUGUCGUCACGUCCAUGUGCUUCGCAUUCGGCUUCAUAAGCGAGAUCAAGCCAAACGAUCUCUUUCAUGGUGGUAAAUAUCUGGGCAUUGUUAUGUAUGCUGCUUUGGGAUUUGUGAUUCCUGUGCUGCUGAUCAACGUGUUUGUAACAUUAAUUCAUGACUAUUUUACCGCCGCCAAGAUCAUAGGUGAUGCCAAAUUCAAGCGACAAAUUACAUUCUUAGAAUUUCUACGUGUGGAAUUCAAUGGUGUCCACCACUUCAUUCGUAACCUGCCUUUUUGUAAAAGGCAGUACAAACGCAAUAAUCGCACAGUGGCUGAGAAUAUUCAACGUAUUUUGGACGAGCGCGACAGGCAAAAGAUACUUAAAGCACGAUCGGCUAGCUCCAUAUUGACUAACGUAGCAACUAUUGAAGUUGAAAAGGACGAAGAGACUCUACAGGCUGAGUAUCGCGAACACAUUGAGCAUAUAUGCGCUAUCUCCAAAAUUCUACACAUUCAAAUCGAAAUUCUAGAGCGGGUUAUAUUCGACGAAGUUUCAGAUGAAACGAAGGACUGGAACAAGAGGAGGAUUUCUAGGAGACCCGAUGGAAACGAUCAACCUCCCGACCCCCAGGACGGCAAACCUUCCAAUAGAUAUGAUAGCUUCGUAUGAGCUUCGAUCGCUUGGCGUAAAGAAAUAUUUAUUUUAUUUUUCGUUUCCUAUUUCUGGUUUAGAUUUAAAU